AUGGAGGGUGUUGCGAAGGAUAAGAAGGACAUUGCAAAGGGGAAAGGAAAGGCGGUAGCGGUGGCUUCGAAGCCACUAGUGGUGGGUAUCUCGGCUGGGAAGAGCAAGGGUGGAGCGGAUGGAUCGAAAGGUGAGACGGGGGGUCGUCGCACUAGUGGAGGUAAGGGGAAGGAGGAUGUUAUAGCUUCCACUAGCAAAGGGGGAAGGGCACCUACUAGUUCUUCGAAGCCGGGCGGACAGGUACUGGUGGCGGGUGAGGAUGUAAGGAUAGAGGGGAAAGAAGUGGGUGGCAAGCAGAAGGAGGCAAAGGGCGGCGCCAGCAACAACACUAAGCAGCAGGUGAAGAUGAACGGGAUGUCUGAUGAGAGGGAACCAAGUCUUGUGGUGGCACCCAAGGUGGGGAUGAGGCUGGCUAAAGGGAAAAUUGAUGGGGCAGCUGGCGGAGAAAAGGAGGGCUCUCCUCGAGUGGAAAACAAGACAGUUCAGCAGCAAGAGGGCGCGAGAGAUGGAUCGCUAAUGGAGAAAAUGGUGGUCUCAACCACAGAUUUGUUGAAAAAGGCAACGAUGAGUCUUAAGCUUGAUGAAUAUGGCACAAACCUGUCGGAGGUGUUUCGUAUGAAGGCUCCAGAAAUGGAGAUGGGUGAUGAGAAAAAACGGGUGGCGGCGGAAGUUGAAAACUUCUCAUUGGAUCCGACGCUGGUGAAAAAGGUUUGUGUCCAAGACUCAGGUGGUGGUGUUGAUGCAGCGGUGGAGGUAGCCAGCUCGAAAUGGCCCCAAUCGCCCAAAUGA